UUGUCCCGCUUGCCUCAACGUGCGUGAGGCAAAACAAAUUUUGACAGCCGGGGUGCAGGUUGGCAGCUCCCACCUUAGAUUUUAUUUUAAUUCAAAUAUUUAGUUAUUCUGUUAAUAUGGCAUUUAACAUAUCUCAGCUUAUUCAGGCUGCUGAGUUCCUAGAUAGGAGGGAAAGAGAAGCUGAACAUGGCUACGCAUCUACGGCUCCGAUGCCUGAAUAUUUGAACAAGAAAAAGUCCAAACCCAAGAAAUCUCAGGGAAAUAGAUCUACCCACAACGAGUUAGAGAAAAAUAGGAGGGCACAAUUACGUUACUGCCUUGAAAAAUUAAAAGAUGUGGUUCCAGUGGGAUCUGAUUCAUCGCGUCACACUACGUUGGGACUAUUAACAAAAACAAAAGGUUUUAUUAGGAACUUAGAAGAUGGUGAAAAGAAAAAACUUCACGCAAAAGAACAAUUAAAGCGGGAAAAGAGAUUCUUGCAACGACGCUUAGAGGGGUUGUUGGAAGGCCAGUACCGAGUAAGGCAGGAAAGAAGUAUCAGUGAAUGCAGCACAUCUACAAAUUCAACUACCUCUUCUACUUCAGAGUCUGAUGAAAUCGACAUCCUGGGCUAUGGCAGUGGCCAGAGUGACACAGAUGAUCACAGUAGCAUUGAGAGUAGUAGCAGCGAUUAUUAUACUAAUUCAAAGCACAUAGGUUACAACCCCUCGCCAUUGGAGUCCCUAUGAAAGUGACUGGCACCUUGGUUGACUGGCAUGGGAGAUUUCUAUGCAGUUGACAAGGUUAAAUUAACAAGGCUAAAUUUUUUCUAGCUGGUAUUGGUUGGAAGUGUUGUAUAAUUUGUUGGAGAAAGACUGUCUUAACGAUUUUGUUGUAUAUCUGUGUAUGAAGUAGUGUCCAAUUUUUGUCCACAGAUCUGUUAAGAAAAUUUGCUGCAUGUUGAUUGAUAAAUUUGAAAUCUGAAUGCAGUAGAGUGAAAGAAUUUGAGUGUGAGUUGUGUGUCUUUGUUUUAUCUGUUAAUGUAUGUAAUUUUUAAAAUAUCUCAUUUUUGUGAAAUUUUUAAAAAACGAAAAGUACCAGUCUUCAGGAAAAUGGUAGAAACUGGCUUACAAGUUGUGAUUUAUGCUAAGCAAGCACAAUUCAAAUUUUCUUAACAUGUAUGUAAAACAAGUUUUAUAUGUUAUCUUAAAAAAUAGCUACCAAACUGCGCUAAAAACUUCUGAUUAAGAAUAUAAUUUUGAAUCAAAUUUCAUAAUUACGAUUAUUUUUGAUUUUCUUGAGGAAAAUCAAACUUCUUUGAAAAUUUCAUUCCAUUUUUUCCUGAAUUGGUCCUUUGAAACCGAACUUAUAUGAAGGAGUAUACAGAAUGACAUCUAUGUAAAAGGCAGCAUAUCUUGAUUUUCCACAAGGAUUCUUCAUGAAAAUGUUUUCUUUAAAAAACAACAUGUUAAAGGUUUAUGAUUGAAGAGAAAAUGACGAGUGGAAGGGAGAAUUAUUUUGGAUUUAACAUGGUUUUGUUGCAAACAGCAAAUUAAAAGACAUGGGUAAUUUAUGAGUAACGCUACCGAUAACUUGUUUAUCUGUAUAGAUAUUUUUACAGGGUGGAAAAACACCUUGGGAAGUAGAAAGAUUCCCAUGUCGCAAUCUUAUGAAUAUAAUGGGAAAUGGUCCAAAUCAUUUUCAGGAACUAUAAUAUAUUGGAAAAUAUUUUUUUAAUAUUUUCUAGCAUAAACAGUGCUUGCUAUGUGAUCAUAGAAAUAUUAAGAAUACUCAUUUUCAGUAAUGCCACUGACUUGUCAUUGAAUUGCAUUAAACAGUGAUGUGUACAAAUUCUGUAGUGAUUUAAAUCAUAAAAUUUUGAAAAUGACUUUACAAACUGUUCGUAUAAAAUUCUUGAGACGUAACAAAGUAUAACAUUGGACUGCUUAGAGACUUGUAAUUCUACAAAAAGCCCAUAUCAAAAUUAACAUUUCCAUAUUUAAGAUACCAAAGAAAAAGUCACGCUUGAUGUUCACUACCUUAAUAUUAUAAUUGGUGUAUAUGAUAUGCGAGAAUAAGCGGUAUGCUAGCAUCGUCAUUCUUUAGAAUUGGCGUGAAUUUAAAAAAUGAUUUUACAGUAUUUUUUUAAAUUCACCGGCAGCUCCUAUUACAAAUAAGGAUUAACAGAGGGUGUGUAUUUGGUGGACAAUGGUCUGGUUUGAAAUUUUGGAGGCCUUUGCAUCUUACAUUUUUCUCACCCUUCAGUGAGCCGAAAUUUGUCUGGUUUGCAAUUGGUGAAGGGUGCAAAGGAAACUAGGCUAUCCAGGAGAUUUUAACAAUUACCAAAUAUUGAAUGAAUCGAAAAGAAAGAUGUCUGUACCAGAACUAUUAUGUCUGUAAUGUUAAUAUGAAAAAGUGCUUGAAUUUGCUAAUUUGAGAAUUAGAAACAUGUUGGAGAAGUAAAGUUUUUACCAUUUUUUUGGGAGAGACGAAGUGAAUUCGCAAAAAAAGAAAGACCAGAACUGUGUAUACUGAUCUCACAAAUAUUUUACAUUGUAUUAAAUCUGGUAUUAAUUUUAUGUGCAAUCCUCACUACAUAACACUAUGUUCCAAAACCAGGGGUCAAUUUGAUGAUUUUAAUUUUCACUGGUACAACUUGGAGAAUCUGUUUUAACAUUAUCGGUGGGAACGAUCUGUACAUUUGGGUGGUACAAAAGUUGUCACUGUUAUUUUUCUUUAUGUUCGUCAUCUAGCAACUUGUUUGGGACACC